AUGCCGAGCGCGCGAACGAAUUUGGGUCCUCUCACAACAGAGUGGAAGUACCCUGAUCGAUGUACUGUGCCAGUGACCGAUUGCACGACAUGCACGAAUGCCUGGCAAGGUCAGACGUGCGGGAAUAACAAGGACAACACGCAAGGCGUACUAGACGAUACAGACUGUUGGCCACCGCGAAAAUCAUUUAUCUCGGCUGGAAAUGCGGUGAAUGGCUGGGGCUUCUACUCUCCCGCAUUCGAGUGUCCUCAAGGCUACGAAAAAGCAUGUACCGCGACGGGCCCAGAGACUGGAAACUUCAAUUUUCAGUUCUCGAUACAAGAUGACGAGAGGGUGAUAGGAUGCUGUCCAUCCGGAUACACCUGUGCGCAACCCGGCGGGCCACAAACGUGCACAACCAUCGCUUCCAGAGGAUCAUUACAAGUAGCAUCAUGCUCGAACCAAAAGACCGUUCUCAAUUGGCUCACACUUCCAGCGACUGUAACAGAUGAAACCAGCACAGUAUCUCUAGAUGGGAUAACCAUCUUCGCACCAAUGAUCCAGCUCAACUAUCGCGAAAAAGAUCUAAGCUUGUCAUCUGGUUCAACAGGAUCUACAAAAACAGAUUCGGCACCGGCUGAGACUGGUACAGGUGAAUCAUUCUCAUACUCAUCUUCCAGCGGGGGACUAUCGACGGGUGCUAAAGCUGGCAUUGGAGCUGGGGUUGGAGUAGUUGGGCUUGCGAUUAUUGGAGCGGCGUUGUAUCUCUGGAGGAGAAGAAAAAGGGCAACGCCGCAGGCUGCUGAGCUGGAGACGAAGGAGGAUACGAAGAACGCGGGAUCAGUUUUGGCUUAUGGUUCGCCGCCGCCGCAGUAUCCUCCUGUUGAACUGGAUGCGACGAAUUCGAGACAUGAGAUGUGA